CAGACACACCUCCUCUUUCCCCCUCCAUCACACACACACACCCUCUCUCCCUCACUCAGACACGCACACACACACACAAAGACAUAAGGGACUGUGAGAGCAUCCCUCGGUGAAGCAGACAACAUGUAAGGCAGCAGGAAGGACGAGUGCUCGGCUCCGGCAGGCUCACAGCAGGUGCGGUAGGCUGAAGCUGCACCUCACGGAGGACAGGCUGCUGCUUCACCAUGUCCACUGCAUCCGAUCAACUCACUGGCAAAACGGCUGUGUUGAUCUUGAAUCACACUGAAUGGGGAGCAUUGAAGUUCCAUUAAGAUGACACGGACGCAUCCCCCUGAUAUACUGGCAUCAACUCUAUAUCGGGACAUUACUCUAAAUCCCAUCACUGACCACUCCAUUUCUCUCCGUUCCUUCCAGCAAUGUGACUUGAAGAUGAUUGACAAACCAGAAAUCAUCAACAAAAGACACUGUCGUAGCUUUGACUUCAUUGAGUCCCUAGACGACCCACAGUCCUUCCCUUCUUCAAUGGAGUACCCUUACAAGAGGGCUGAGCAUCAGACAUUAAACAAAGAUCUAAUGUGGAAUGGACUAGAUCAACCGGGGCACCUUCGCUUUUCGUCUCCUGAUCUGUUUAACACCAGGCAUUUCCAGCAGCACACCACCCAAGACAAAACCAGCCAUCUUACAUGGUCAGACUCUAAAAAUAGAAAAAGAUCUAAAAGUGCUCCCAGAAUUAAGUCCACCCUCACUCCUGUGCCCAUCUCAGUAUCUCCGCCAGGAGCCAGGAAGGGGAGAGAUGCACCUCAGACUGCAUCAGAUACUUUGAGGACUUCUGAGAUGCAUCGAGAGUCAUAUUCCUCUAACAGGGCUUUUUUGAAUGAGGUCCAUCCUAUCAAACUGCAGCCUCAUUCCCCCCUCUAUGUCUCUGAUUGUUUUGAAGAGGAUAAACCAGAUAAACCAGCCAUUACCCCUCAUGUCAGGUGCCGUGUGGAUAUUAAACCAGAUGCUGCUGUACUCCAGCACACAUCCAGGCUGGUUCCCAGUGUACGGACCGAGCAUCUUUGGCAGAGAUACUCACAGGCCAGUAGCAGUAGAGGUUUGUAUGUACCACGGCAGAUUGUCUCCUCACCAACGCCCAUUCCAAGCGAAUGCUACAGUGGAGAUUUUAGACAGGGAUACCACUACACCACCAGCAUGUCUCCCAUCUCUUACCAGCAUAUAGACAUGCACAGAAUGCCAUCACCAACAGCACCAUAUCUGAGUCAAGAACAAAGAGCUUACUCAAACCCGAACAUUCCUACAAAGUUUUUCUAUACAGAGGAUCCUGUUCGGUAUCCAGUUCAUCCCUAUUCUAGGGCAUACUUUCAGGAUGAUCGGUCCAGUCUAACCAGCCAUGGAAGUACAAUGACUAGUCAGUAUGAUCCAAGGACUCGAUGGGUGCACACCCUUCCAGUCAGGUCUUAUUACACAGACCACAUUUCCAACCGAGAGCCAGCAAACUCUGUAUAUAGUAGACCUUACUCUACAAGUGAGGCAGGGUCAUACUUUUCUCAAACUCCACUGUCCAGAUCCUACUACGGAGAGGACCACCGGUUCAAUCCAUACCAUCAAAGUAGCUCAAGGUUGUUUUAUUCUAAGCCAUUCAACUCUCCUGAGGAGCAAUACUUUCCAUCAAGGCCAUAUCACACAGAGGGUCGUCGGCGCCCUCGAAUGUCCCAGGCCUUUUCAGAUGACUGGUAUCGCUCAAGUAUAUCUGGUUACUCCAACCAGUCCUCUCAGCACACACCACCAAGAGUAAGGCAAGACCCUGGUAUACCCCCGUGGUUUACUAACAGCUGCAUGGAGACAAGUAGACUAGGAGCAGAGGUCAAAAACCACUCCAAGUCUUGGGACAAUAUUCUAUAUCCACGGCAUGACAGAGAGCAAUCAGUGCCUCGUGGACGAAGCUAUGAAAACCUAUUUUACCAAGCAAGGCAUGGAGCAUCCGCUGAUGUUACAUCUCAACCUGUUAUCCUUAACCUCUCAAGUUCACCAAGGCGCUACGCUGCCCUGUCACUCUCCGAAAACUCAUUAGAGAGGGGCUCAAGCAAUGCGUGGAGGAAUACCAAGAGCGGGCAGUGGUUUGUAACUCCGGAGAUCACCAUAACAGACAAUGACAUAUGUGCAGGCAACAGCAAAAGGCGUGAUGUGCACACUGUCAGCUGGGAUACACUGGACAAUGAAAAGACACCAUCUCCGAGAGUAAUGCAUCAGAAGCAGACAUCCAACACAGCAGACAUAACUAAAGACAGGAAACACAACAACUUCUCCCUUCAGCAGAGUCUGGAGCAACUGGACGAGCUAUUAGCUGACUUGGUUGUUGAUUACAAACCACCAACUAGCAGAAAGUCAAGUGAGGACAUUUUGGACCAGCUGAAACACCUGAUUAGUGAGGAUGAUGAAAAAGGCAGAGGGUCCUCUGGACUUGAAAACCUAGGAUGUUUGAACACUCAGCUCCCAUCCUCUAAAUCCAGCCCUGACACAAUCAAAGACCCUGAUAGUGGGUGUGAUGCAUUACAAAGGAGUGCAGAAGAAUGUUCUCCAGACCACAGCACAGAUGAAGAUGACACCAUGGUGUGUGCUAACAAGAAGUGCAAUCGGACUGAGAAUAUGUUCAACGCUUGCUUGUACUUCAAAUCAUGUCACAGUUGCUAUACCUUUUACUGCUCACGAAACUGUCGCAGGGAUGACUGGGAGAUCCACAAAGAGACCUGUCUGUAUGGCCGUGUGAGCAGUGUGUGUCGACACACACUCAAGUUCUGCAGAGAGAAUUCAGAGAUUCAUAAAGCCUUCUCUCGUGUUGCUAAAGCUGGCUACCUCUCCAGAGGGAGAGGCGUUCUCUUUCUGGGUUUUGCUAAUCCAGAGACAGCUGACAACUUCCUGCAAGUUGGGCUGGAGAGUCUCCUCAUGUCUCCCACAUACUUAUCUCUCAGAGAGCUGGAUGGCUUCAAGGACAACCUAGGUGAAUACUGCAAGGAACUGCAGCAUGCAGGUAACGAGUACGACCCCAAUGAAUGUUUCCUUCUGAAUGUAUCCAUAGCUGUUGGUGAACUGGUACCUAACCGACCGUCACCAAGGGUCCAAACGCCAACAGUUCGAAAAUAUGCAAAGGUGUCCUUGGCCUCUUCAAGCCCUGACAAAAAGGUACUCAGGAAGGAUAGUGAAAUGGAAACUCUCAUUCUCACUCCGCCUCCAGGCACACCAGACAUUGACAAGGAGGGGGAGGAAGGAAGAAAAGCCAGAGAGGUGUGCUUUGUCAAUAUCCAGCGUGAGCUCAGGAUCAGGGGAGUCUUUCUUCGUCACGAGUACCCCAAAAUCUAUAAUCAGCUGUGUGAGUUUGUGGAGAGCAACAAAAGGUUCACUCCAACUACUAUUUAUCCAAUUGAUAAGAGAACAGGGAAGCAGUUUAUGUGCAUGAUCAUGGCUGCAUCAGAGCCAAGAACACUGGACUGGGUGGGUACCCCACAUCUCUUGGAUGAUAUUAUAUAGAAAAGCACUAAAUAGUAAUAAUAAUGAUGUCAGCUACACUAGUGUACAUACUGUAAAUACAUGGUGGGAUUUAGCAAAUUGAAAAUUGAUAUGGAAAUGUGUGUGUGUAUAUCUGUGAUCAAUCUCUCUUUCUGUCUAUUCUCUUAUUUCUUUCUGUUGCCACACACAGACACACACACACAUACACUGAUACUCACACGUACAUAAUAUACACAGUUUGAAAAGUUGCCCUAUGUCGUUUUUGGCUUGUUUUGAACCUGUUGCACUCAGAAGAGUUAAUAGCCUGCAUGUAGACUAGGCACAAACUCAAUUAUCCAGGUGUUUAAGAUGUGAACAUGUAUGAUCUGUGCAGUUUCUGCAGACAAUGUAUGAAGCACACAAUAUUUAUGAAGUACACAUCUCAUUGCCUCCACAUAAUAAGGCACAGCAAGGUCUCAUAUUGUAACAGUCACCCACAAUUGUUUUCUCCAACAAAUAUAUCAAAAUUUUCUAUUAUACCUUGUUACAGUGGUUGUAAUAUUACAACUGUUUAUUAGUACUUAAGUAUUAUUUCCUAAGUAUACUGUAGUUGUGUGGGUAUUUUUUUGUUAAAUUAUUGCUACAUUAGUUAUUGUUUGAUAGACAAAAAAGUACAAUCAAACCACAUCUUUUGUUUUCCCACUUCAUUAAGAAUUUUGUUAGAACUUAUUUCAUCUCGUGAUAAGAUUUGAUGUCAUUCUCGUGUUCAUUGCUUUGUUUGAAAGUGGCCUUCAGUUGAGAAAAACAAUGCAUUUGACACAAAGCAAUGUAUAGAUUUAGCUAUUUCUAAAGGCUUAACAGGUCUUGACCUGGGUUUGAACUACCAUUGUAAAUGAACAAUUAUUUUGCUCAAAGCAUGUUAUUUAUAUUCAGGUAUUUUAAUAUUGAUAUUGCUUAUAAUUAAAUUUAUUAUGUUAAUGAGAGACCAUUUGAUGCUUAUGUAAGAGGUAUAUUAUAUAUUGAAUAUUAGAUCAUUUGAAACAUACAAACUAAUACCACAGUAUGUUCUUAAACAAUAUGCAAUAAAAGAGCAACCUUAACAUCUAUAUUGUAAAAUCCUAUUUUAUUAUCAAUAUUGAACAAUUGCUUGGAGCCAAGAGCUGCAAAGACUUUGUUUGCACUAAAUCAUAAAUUAUAAAAUAAGAAUGUUCCUAACAUAGCUGCAGCACUGAACCCAGAUAUGAUGAUAUGCCUGCUUCCAUUGUCACUGUUGACUAAUCUAAGGUUGCUCUUUUACUUGAUUAUAUAUCUUUGUGCAAGACCUUCCUCAACUUUCUAUUUUGUGAUGUU